UGUAACGCGGUGGAGAAGGUGAGUCUAUAAUUUAUGGACGAACCAAUAAAACUUAGGAUAACGGGUGUAAAUCCCAACCCUUAUCAUUAACUGCAAAUAAUUGUCUUUAUUCCUCGAUAUGCUUGUAAUCCUCAUUUAGCCCUAGUAAGUAGGUUGACACUCUCAAGGUGACUCUAACGUCGCUCGAAGGUCGUCCAUAAACUGGUCUCACCGCAUCAGCUAUACUACGAAACUUAAUGAAAUUGAUUAGAUUUCACAAUGUUUAUGUAAAUUUAAUGUAAAUCAUGUGAAAGUAUUAGGGGAAACCUUGAAAGUUUCACUACAUUCAGGGGCUCCGAUUGAAUUUCAGCUUAUUUCAAGGAAAACCUCUAAGGCAGAAGAAAUUUUGGUGCUUAUAAUUUCAUUUUCUCGGAAACUUCCGUAAAAUUUCUUAUAGAGCUCCUUCGAAAUCGGUAAAGUUUCCGCUGAUGGGAAGUUAAUUUUACUUUCAAUAUACGGGAGUUACAUUUUUAAAAGCUGUGUUCGCAUACAUGGGCAUAUGAUUUAUGAAAUGUCUGUUCCCAAAUGUUUUCUCCAGCUUCAUUCUCUUGUCUUUAGAAGGGUUUCCGUUUACAUUUUCAAUAUAAGUGCUAUAAAAAGGAAAUAAGAUUAAGGAACUCACAAAACGUAAGGCAUUCCCUUCUUUUUCUUCACCUCAAGUGAGAUCACACUGUAGUACUUUAGUACGUACUAGGACUUCGCGGGAACAUGUUAUUAGUAUAAGAUUACUUCACAAUAUUAGCAAAAAUCCAUGUGUUAUGUAAUCACUCUCAAACUCAUACUCCAUGGUUCUGUACCUAGGUGCUUUACAAACUAGCGAACUGUCAGCUCAAUUUCCACUUAUCACAAAUACUGUCAGUUCGUUCACAUCUCGUGUCCUGUGAGUGAUCAUUUUGGCAGUGUCAUACAUCGACCCCCUUAAAUAACCUGACAUAUAGACUAAAUUUCUAACUCACUGACAACAAUAACUCCAUUCAAAGCAAAAACGUCGCUUAUUCCUUUCUGACACUAGCCGCCACUAAAGCUUUUGUGAUAAAAGGUAUUGAACUGAUUUACGGUAAGGGGCUGUCAUAAUAACGUUGUUCUUUAUGAAAAUGGGUUGUGAUUCUUAGACUGUCACGAUUAACUAUGUAGUUUACUGGUAGCUUCCCUAGACUUAUUUUUAAUGUAAAACUGUCAUUCCUUAUUCCCUUACAGUGUUUUUCAAAUAUCACAUUCAUUCAUAAAUACCUAAUAUAAAGAUUCCACUAACUACUGGGUACAACAUGUAACACGAACUUGGCCAUUGAUGCUGGUUUAGCUCUUAUGGCAUCUUAAUUGUGUAUAUUUGUGUGUGUAUGCAUAUAUUCACAUACUUAUCAUAAGUAGUUGCAGCUGCAUGUUGGUUAGAAUGUAAUGAAUAGAUGUAGUUUGUCACGAAGUUUUCACUCAGCUUUCCAAAGUAGUGUUUUUGUCAUGCAGACAUUCAGUAAUCCUUUAUAGUAGUAAGAGUUAUAAACUGGAACUAAGUUUUCUGUAUUAUGGAGUGUUUAGAUGCUAAACUUAGGAAUCACUUACCUGUCAUUCCCGUGCUUAUAUAUUUCGCUUCUUUCGAUUAUCGGAAUAGAUAGAAUAAAUAUACCUACAGAUCAUGAACAUUUUUAAUGGUUCUUUGAUUGGUGUAAAUUGGUUGUCGACAGAAAAAUCCUUUGGUGUAUUCACUUUAUUCUACAGCUGUGGUACUGUUAUUGUUGUGUUGUAAUGAAUGUUUUUCUCGCAACUUCGUUUCAGGUUUUGUAGAAAGCAGGACGUAGUUAUUAAAGAAAAAUGACAUAUAAAAGCUUGGAAACUAUUUGGCAGCAUUGCCCAAUUACUGCUUUAUCCUAUAUUUCAGAAAGUUUGUUGGCUGUAGGCUCCGCGAACGUAUUGAACAUAUACAACAUACACAAAAAAUCAGUGCUGUGUAAAUAUUUGUUGAGGCGUUUCGUCAUAAUGCACAACAUAGAGACAAUACCAGAUUCCAGACGUAACAGUUAUAUCUUGUGCACUUUUGGAAAUAGAUUUGUCACUGUCCUCGGAUUCGAUCUGUCAUCUUCCAAUUUAUCGCUAAUAUUUGAAGAUUAUCAUUGUGAUAAUGUUGUAUACUGUAAAAUUAUCUCAAAUGAAUUAUCACUUUACCUACAAACUCUUUCCAGUCAUGGUUUAUUCCAGGUCAUCAAAUUGUCAUGGGAUUUUAAUAAAAAUAGUAAUAACGUUGAUGUCACUUGUGUUCACCUUCAAACGAGUGCUUGUUACACAGGUCAUAUAUUUCAGUACUCAUCUCCAACCUCUUCAUUAUUGUCUUCACCAGUUAAUAAAGCUUUAGUAUUUUGCGGAUCUACUUUUGGAAAUAUUCACAUCUUUAAAAUCCCAAACAACAAUGUUACACAAUCUUCUGUGGCUCCGAGCUUAAGUCUGUGCGCACAAAAGGGCGUGAUAUUUUCUCUCGAUUUCUGUUGUUUAGCUAGUGAACAGUCAUCGUCUAAAAAGUCAUUCCGUCUGGUCUCAUGUGCUGAAGAUCGUAGCAUCUCUGUUUGGUCGACUUCAGUCGAGUCAAAUGGAGGUGUGAAGGAUUUCGGCUUUUGGGAAUUAGUGUACAAUUUAAAGGCAGGCAGCAUUUUCGACGACAGUGUAAUAUUUGAAUCUAGGAUAUGGUGUGUUCGUGUCGGUGAUUGGGGAAUAGUAGCCACUGGAGAAGAUUGCCGUGUUGUUUAUUAUCAAUGGAACAAAAUAUCACACCCUAAUGUCUGGCGAAAUAUUCAUCGUGGACAAAAUGUUUGGUGUUGUAGUGUUUGGAGCGACAAUACAGAUAACUCGGAGUUUGUCUUAUUGGCAACUGGUGGGAAUGAUGGUGCCAUAUGUAUUCGUGAACUUACAAACUAUCGUAAUGAUUGUGAUAAAUCUGAAUGUAUAAUAAUACCAUACCAUGAACUUACAACGAAUAACACUAAAGAGUUGAUGAUAGAUUCACAUGAAACGAAGAUAACAUCUCCGCGUUCCCAGCAGGUCUCUUUCAACUUCAAAGAAAAAGAUUUUGCACGUGUUCUAUUUUUUGGUUCAUGUGGUCGUCUGUUCUACGUAACAAAUUUAGGGCUUAUCUAUACAUAUUUCUAUCUAAAUGACCCAAUCGUUCGACAAGUAUUUCCCAAGAUUCAUCGAAAUUUCGAAGAUGCAAACACUGAAUUUUCGGAAAAACCUAAUCGCUCUAUGGUCUCGUUUUUAGGCGGCUACUUGACGUGUUGUACAAGUCUGGAUCGAUCCCACGUGAUAAUCGGGAAUAUAUAUGGCUAUCUUUUACUGGUUAGGUUACUUGAAGAUUCACCUUUCAUGGAGUGGUUAGAUAUCGUUAAUAUAAACGAUAAAAUCAUGAAAAUUAUAUGGAUCAAUUCAUCAUAUGUAAUAAUUGGACUAACAAACGGUGAUUCUUUCAUUAUACCUUUAUUAAAAGUUGAAAAUACUCUUUCAUUUGGUAAAAUAUUCACUAUUAUUCAAGGAUCAAAUAGUUCAAAAAAUAUGAAAUGGUUAAAUACAUCAUCUGAACUCAUUCCUAUUCAUUUUAAUAACACUGAAAUAAGUGAUAAACAAAUUCUUGUAACUGGUACUCGUGAUGGUGGAAUUUAUUCUUACGUUGUAAAUUUUUUAAUUGAAAGCACUAAAAUGUAUUCACCCGUAUGGUUUUUGAAAUCAUGUCAUAAAUCUGGUGGGUGUACAUCGAUGCUUGUGAUUAAAGGACAGUCAGAUUGUCAUCUCUUAUCGUGUGGUCGAACAUACGGUGAUGUUAAAUACUGGUCCAUUCAAUCAAAUGGUUCAUUAAAUCUGUUGGCAACAAUCUUAAGAUCUGAUCAUAUAACAUGGAUUGAGAAACUGUAUCGGUCAAUUGAUAACAAAAUUUAUGCUUUAGGGUUUCAAUCUAAGUAUUUCAAAGCUAUCUCACUAAAUCACCAGUGUUUACAAGCAGCUAACCAAUUGGAUUGGUCGUUUACCUGUCCAGUACGUCAGGAUGGUUGUUACGUUGUCGAUUGUGGUGGUGGUAAUCAUUAUUGGGAUUGGUUUUUGCCCAAUGGUACUACUAUAAAGACAAAUAAACUGACUAAUUGUGAAAAUGGCAAUUAUAGUUACAAUGCUGGCAUUGUUGUUGAUAAUAAUGAAUCCAUCGAAAUGAAGAACAGUUCAUUGUGUCCUGUCUUUGCAAGUAUUAAUAAAGGCAAAGUUGUAAUUCGGUCAGACCCGCAUAAUUGUAUAUUAUCAUACAGAGCAAAUAAUUGUAAUUUCGAACCUAUUUAUUUAAAUCCGUCUCUUCAUGGUCAAACAAUUAACACUUGUUUAUUACUCAAUAAAAAUGACAUAUUCGGUGUUCAGAAUUAUCUUAAAGGUGAUUCAAAUGAUCAACACAUUGAAUUAUAUUGUUUCGCUGGAGGAGAAGAUACUUUGAUAUCGAGUUGGAAGAUAUCGUUGCCAAUGAUGAGCACUGAUCCAUGUAUAAAUGAACCGAUUUCCAGUUUCCCACAACAUCAUCGUGGUCAUAUAUCAAGUGUUCGUUGCGUAGAUAUACCUUAUAUCCUUAUUAAUAAUAUAAAUUCAACCCAAGAAACUGUUUCUAAACGUUACAUGCUGAGUGCUGGUGGUCGUGGGCAAAUUUGUUUAUGGCGUUUAGUAUCAUCAAAUGAACCCGCGCUAGUAGCAGGCUUCUUAGGUUCCACGAAAAUUCGACAUAAUGAAUACUGUCGGGUUGGCAAUGUUUCUGACGAUAAUGAUACUGUUCAGCAGGAUAAUGGGAGUGAUCACGAUGAUGAUUUGAAAACUGCUAAAUUUAAAAAUGUUAUUGUAUCAAGUGAUAUACGUGUAAUGGCUUUAGAUUGUGUUCAAGUUCCUAGACAAGGAGAUCAACUAGACGAUAAUAUACUAGUUAUUGCAGGUUGUUCAGAUGGAUAUGUACGAUUGAUUCAUGUUCAACCAUCGUCUGGAAGUAAUACGGAAUAUCCAAAAUUCUCAGAAAUCGAACGAAUCAAUCCAACGAUAUUACCAACUAACAAAUCAGACAAUCACAUCAGUUGUUGUUUAGAUUUAAAACUUUUGCAAAUCACUUCCUAUCAGAUUUCUUUUGCUAUUUCGAAUUCUCGUGGGGAAUUACAUGGAUGGAUUAUACCAUGGUGUCCUUUGAGAGGUUAUGGUUUUACUGAUAACCACCAAUGUACCAGUGAACCAUAUAUGUAUCAACAAGACAAGGAUAUUGACGGAUUAUUUGGUCUUCGUCUAAACUCUGCCUACCAUUGGAUGCUGAACUGCCAACCAAUUCCACCAUUUCAUAUACAAAACCCAUUGGCUUUUAAUUGUAUAACUUCGCCAACAAUAGAGGUUACUUUAUCUGACAGUAAUACAAUCUCAACGAUUAUUGUAGUUGGUGGGGAUGAUGGUAGUAUUCGUAUUGCACAGAUUCCUUUGGAUAUCUGUCAUUCAUCAAAAUCUAAUGUAACAUAUCCUCAGUGGUCCGCUUCGUGUGUAAAACAUUUCAGUAGUGUUGUGAAAAUUACCACAUGUCCUAAUUUCGAAUUGACCAACGAGUUUUUAUAUUACUUCUUAAGUUUAGCUUCGGAUCAACGAGUGAUUCUAUGGCGUCUAAAUAAAACUUCAUCAUGUGAUUUCCAAUUAAAUGCAACGAAAUAUUUUCUAUUAUGCGGUUUAGGUGAUCCUCAUAGUUUAUCUGUAACCAGUAUAAAUAUUCAAUCUUUAUGUAUUUAUACAAAAGAGUAUAAGAACAAAUGUUUUGUACUUGUUGUUGGUACUGGUGCUCAGUUGAUUCAAGUAUUUUAAAAUAAAAUUUUCAAAAAAUAUUGUACAUGAAGCUAUCAUUUUGUGCAUUAUAUAUUUUCAUAAAUGUUGAAUUUCUUUGUUUGUCCUGUCGUUUCACAAUUUAUCUUUUAUAUCAUCAGCGUUGUUUUCGUGAUUUGAUUUUUUCGAAUAUAUUAUGUAGGAACUUCAUGUAAUUAUUAAGUAACAAAUGCCCUGGUACGGCCAAGGGUCGGGAGAGUCCGCUCUCCCUCUCGAAAUGCUCUCAAAUAGCCUCGAGUAUACAGCCACUUUCAGGGAAGUCUUACUCACUGCCUUCUCGCGAAAGGGGUAUUCUUUUACGAAAUUCAAAGGAUAGAAAGCGAAUUUUCGGUGAUUUGACCGAGUUGGAGGAUAUGGAGAACCUACCUAGGGGAGUUGGAAAACACUGACUCCAAACCAAUGGUGUACUUGGGCUCCAGAGUUCUGAAGGAAUAAAUGGUGUAUGAACCUAUUGUUGGUCUCCGUCUACCAUGGGAAUGCAUCUCCUAAUGUUGCUCCACUGCCUUGUGGAUUAGACAUCUGGAUGAAAGGCUCGGCGAGUGGCCCUUAAGGAAACCAUAUGCUUCGGUUUGGGCGAUCGGCUAGUAUUCCAGCCCUUAAACAAAUCGAAUGACAAGGUGUGACGCAUACAUAUUGGAUGCCUCCUUGUAUCAAUGCAUGUGUUUAAAUUAAAUAAAAUAAAUGAAAUACUAUAUCAGUUGUUUAUUCUAUUAUAUACUUGAUGCUUAUUAAGAUUUUAAAUCAAAUGUGACUUGAAUUAUUAAAGUAAUGUGAUCAUUUCAAGCCAGUUUCAAUUUGUAUACAAUGAUGAUUUAGCUUCUUUGCAGGGUUUUUGCGUUUACUUCCAACAUUACGGCUGUAUAGUUUAUUGAUUGAGCCUCCAGAUUUGUAGCGUACACUGUUACUGACAC